AUGACUUCAAGUUCUCUAGAUGUGAUUGACAAAAAAUUGUGGAUGAAAUGUGCAGGUCACCUGCCAUUCGAUCCCUCUACCAGAUCAUAUGUUUACUUCUUCCCUCAAGGAUAUGCGCAUACUGUCGGUAAAUCCUUGAACUCUGAAUUAAUAAAUCGCUUAAAACAGAUCGCUGGUCAGGGCGUCUAUCUUUGUCAGAUUUUGUCAAUCAGCUUUCUUGCUGAUAAUGAAUACGCAAAGAUAAAGUUGAUAACCGUCAAAGACAAAACCCUGAUUCUUGAUCAAUUUGGAGCUUUUGAAAGGGGGAAAUAG